GUGGGUGAGGUGAAGUACUUCCAUUCUUUCUGGAAAUAAAAGAGCUUACAUUACGAAUGUUUAAUUAAAUAUAUUUGUGACAGCGAAGACCAAAGAACAGAGACUCUUACUGUUCAGUAUACUGACAAAAUCAAAGGUUUUCAAACUGAGAUAUAAUUUCCAUUUAAAAAUCUAAAAAUUUAACCGACACAUUUCGAUUUAUAAGAUGAGAAUAUUAUUUAUUUUCUGCAUUAUCCAAGUUGGAGAUUGCCAAUUCCCCCUCAACACGCUAGUCAAUGUAACUGUAAGUUUACUGAACCAUUAUCAUUCAACAUGUGUGUACCUGCUGCACUCCAGACUUCAACACGGUUCAUUGAGUGUUACGUACUUAAAGACGUUAAUUCAAAGAGGAAAUUUCUACACGGCUACACUGUCCAUGGAAAGAAACGUCGAAGCGCUUGACGGCUCGACCUGCCGUGGAAACAGCCCGCUGUACGUAUUCCUGGAUAGUGACGAAAGUUCACAGCGAUAUCUCGAGCAGGUUUCAGUCGCGUCUAGUCUAUUAAGCGGCCGAUGGCUCAUGUUUAUUUCCAUUGCUUCGAUAGAGGAUUUUUUCUUCAAAAUUAAAAUGCCAUACGACUGCGAAUUUUUAGUAGUACGACCAGUGAAUAAGGAACAGAAAGGAGGAAUCAAACUUUCUCUUAUGGAGGUUUAUCAGGAUCACCCAACCAAGGUCCCGCAACAGCACCCUGUAGCCCACUGGACGACUACUGGAGGGUUCGUAUGGACGGCAACUCCAUUACUUCAGAGGAGAGCCAACCUCCACGGCAUCUCUCUUAGAGUUGGUGUGAAUAGUGAGGACCUCCCUAUGGCCCAAUCGAAAUGCAGUGUUAACAAGGAUGAGUUCUGCAUAAUCCACUACAAAAUAUGGAAAAUCUUGGAAAAUAAACUUAAUUUUAAGUCUGAGUUCUACGGUCCGGUCCAAGGAGGACACGUUUCUAAUACAGGCAAUAUUUCAUUAGAUGGUGUUCCAACAAUGCUUUUGUCAGAUCAGGUAGAUGUUGGUAUCAGCAUAUUUGCAAUGACCUCAAUUCGCCAGAAAUAUAUUGACUACAUUUCUGUUCUCUUCUCAGUGAAGAUAGCAACAUACAUUAAGAAACAAGUGGUGAGUAGUUCCAGAUGGAAUUAUAUACUCGAACCAUUUUCCACUGAAUUCUGGUGGGUGGUAGCUACGUUACUGAUCGUUUUCAUUUUUUUACUCUCUGCGACGUGGUACGUCGAUCCUCGCCAAGGAACUCAUCGCAGCAUAGAGAGCUUCAACGUCUAUAACUCAUGGAUACAAAUUCUCGGAAUCUUCUGUCAGCAAGGGCACCCCACAACUCCUCAGUCAUGGCCUUGUCGCCUAGUGUACAUCACAGCGUACAUAACAUUUGUAAUCUUGUUCGCCGCAUAUGCUGCCAUCUUCAUAUCAUUUCUAGCUGUGCAACGGUACAAGAUGCCUUUCUCAGACUUCCAGGGGAUUCUGGAUAUUGGGACAUACGGAUUUUGUAUACCUGCUAUUCCCGUUUAUACAAGCAUGUUUGAGGAAGCAACUGACCCCGUAUUAAAACAAAUCUACAAAACAUUUAUUGCACCAAACACUAAUAGCUUUCCAGGAAGCGUAUUAGAAUGCAUGAAGCGAGUAUGUGAUGAGAAAACAUACGUAGCUACUGUCGAUUCCGACGAGAAAAGGUUGUACAGCGAUAAGCUGUCAUGCAAGCUAACAGCUGUUCCAAACGCGUUCUUCUGGGUACCAGCGUCAUAUAUUAUCACCAAGAAGAGUCCUUAUAAGAAAAUCUUCGGUCAUCACACUGAAAAUCUAAGGCGUUCUGGAAUUCUGAAGAAGCUCAAAGAAAAUUUGUUUCCUGUACCGACUAAUAAUAUCGAAACAUCGAACUCUCAAGCAACACUGACCGAUGUCUUACCAAUUUUAAUUAUUUUGGUUUUUGGUUUCCUGGCGUCCAUGUUUUGUCUUCUGGUCGAAAUCUGUUUCCUUCGGCUCAGGAAUUAUUUCACAAACCAAAUUGUUGGUUAAACAGUUCAAUUCUUAAAAUUAAAUUUACUUGUCUGUAUUUCGCCGAUGUUAGGGUAAAGUCCAUAAAUUUAACGAAACAAAAAUCAAUUUUCCGGAAGUACUCACAAAUCAGGUUUGCGGAGUUUCUUCACACAAAAAUUAUUAUACGACUGAUACACGAACUUAAAAGUUUUGCUAAUUUACAGAUAAUAUAAAAUAUAUGCUGUACUAUUAAUCACAUUUCGGUUAUAAUUUUCGGACUUAUAAGCAUUUAACCUGGCACUGGCGAAUUAUAUUAAAGGGAAUCCCAAAAACCGAAUUCUAUAUGUACAAGAAAAUUGUGCAUAGGUUACAUUUCUUAUAAACCAUUAUAAUGUAGGCAAAAUAACGCUUUAAUAUAAUCUGCUUUCAAUAUCAGAAUAUCUGAAAUUAAUAGACUAUUAUAAUGAUUACCCGUUGAUUUAUUAAUCAUUUACUAUUCCCUCUCAAAAUUAAUGGCCACCGACAACUGCUACAGAUCAAAUACGAUUAUAAAAUUCUUAUAAAUCACAAUUUUCAAAGAGACGUCGAAGGAGGGACUAGUCUUACGUUGGAUCCAAGAGCUGCUUCUUGAACCAAUUAGAACAUUCAGGUAAUUUUAAACAACUAACAUCAUACAUUUUGUCUAUGAAUGUUUUGUGGUCAGUAGCAUCUGAAGUGUGAAAGUAAGACUACAUGUGGAAUGAAAUUGGAACUUUGUCUGAAGUUACGAUGGUAAGAAAUGUAUUUUUUUAAGAGAGCCUGGCUAUUUGAUUUUUAGCAGGAGUCUAUAACUCCUUCACCACAACACCCCAUACGCCUUCAUCCUGGGGCACUAAGACCGAAGGCAGACUUCACGCUUGAUUUGUAAACUAAUAUUCCUUGUCACCCAGCUGUAGCAACAACAACAUUCAAUGGAAAAGGAUUGUGACGUGAGAUCUGAUAAACAUCCAAACAGAAUCACAAUAUCUGGAAGCAUGGAACGAAAUACCAGAAGCUAUUUAAUAAGCCCUUACGUGCAGGUCACGCGAUAAAACACAAGAUCAAUAAUAUGAGUUAUGCUAUGUUUCAGUUGGGAGGAAAAUGAGGGCAGAAGGAUCGGAAAGUUGUGUCAUCACUGGAAAUAUUAAGAGCAGUUACAUUAAAACAACCGCCACGGUGAUCUAGCGGUCAGAACACUAGCCUUGUAAG